AGGGUAAGGGCUCAUCGAUAUUUCUGGCAGCGACUACGACUCCUAGACGUCAGAGUCCCACGGGGGCUUCUCCGGGACUAGUCCGGCUCAGGCCCGCAGUUCUGACCCACGCACUUCUACGCCAGCUGGGGUGGCGGUGGGAUGAGGGGUUGUGGCGGCGCGCCGGGCAGUGUUUCUGGUUUCCCCACAAACAAGAAGAGGAGAGCGUUCACUCAGCCUUUGCGAAAAGGCCUGGUACUUUCGUUCUAAAGCUCUCGUUUCCUCGGGGAACAUAAUUGCUACACGCAGUAGGUGCGUUGUCAUUAGUCUUCCCCGUUCCCUCUGGGGGGCCGGAAGGGGUUAAAUCUCAGCCUCCGGCGUCGCGGGAGAAGUUAUAAUUAUUCAAUAUGUUUCCACUGACUGAGGAAAACAAGCAUGUGGCCCAGUUGUUGCUCAGUACUGGUACCUGUCCAAGAUGUAUUUUCAGAUUCUGUGGUGUGGAUUUUCAUGCACCUUACAAACUUCCCUACAAGGAGUUGCUCAAUGAACUACAGAAAUUUCUGGAAAUUGAAAAAGAUGAAUUAGUUUUGGAAGUUCCAAACCCACCUCCCAAGAAAAUUCGACUACAAGAACUAGAAGAUGGGAUUGAUGGGAUUGAUAAUCUGAGUCAGAAUGGAGAGGGAAGGGUCUCCGUUAUUGAAGAUGGUAGCAUUGCUUCCAAGAGCUCAAAUUUAAAUGUGUGCAAUGUAUGUCUAGGAAUUCUUCAAGAAUUCUGUGAAAAAGAGUUCAUUAAAAAGGUGUGCCAAAAAGUUGAGGCCUCUGGAUUUGAAUUUACCAACUUGGUAUUUUCAGUCUCCUUUCCACCACAGCUAUCUGUAAGAGAGCAUGCUGCAUGGUUGCUGGUAAAACAGGAAAUGGGAAAACAGAGUCUGUCGCUGGGAAGAAAUGAUAUAGUUCAGCUAAAAGAAGCCUACAAAUGGAUAACUCACCCCCUGUUUUCAGAGGAACUGGGUGUUCCCAUUGAUGGAAAGAGCUUGUUUGAAGUGAGUGUGGUCUUUGCUCACCCAGAAACAGUUGAGGAUUGCCACUUCCUACGUGCGAUAUGCCCAGAUUGCUUCAAGCCAGCCAAAAACAAACAGUCAGUGUUCACUAGAAUGGCAGUUAUGAAAGCGUUGACUAAGAUAAAAGAAGAGGAUUUCCGCAAGCAGUUUCCUUGUCCUCCAAACUCACCAAAGGCUGUAUGCACUGUUCUUGAAAUUGAGUGUGCUCAUGGUGCUGUUUUUGUGGCUGGGAGAUACAAUAAAUAUUCCAGGAAUCUACCACAGACUCCUUGGAUAAUUGAUGGAGAAAGGAAGCUGGAAUCUUCAGUGGAAGAAUUAAUUUCAGAUCAUCUUUUAGCAGUAUUCAAAGCAGAGAGUUUUAAUUUUUCCUCCUCUGGAAGAGAAGAUGUAGAUGUGAGAACAUUAGGAAAUGGAAGGCCCUUUGCAAUUGAGCUGGUGAAUCCUCAUAGAGUACAUUUCACUUCACAAGAAAUUAAGGAACUUCAGCAGAAAAUUAAUAAUUCGUCUAACAAAAUCCAAGUCCGUGACUUGCAGCUUGUCACAAGAGAGGCAAUAGGACAUAUGAAAGAAGGUGAAGAAGAAAAGACCAAGUCCUAUAGUGCCUUAAUAUGGACAAAUAAAGUCAUACAGAAGAAAGAUAUUGAAUUCCUAAAUGACAUAAAGGACUUAAAGAUUGACCAGAAAACACCUCUGCGGGUCCUUCACCGGAGGCCCCUGGCUGUAAGAACUCGCAUCAUUCACUCCAUGGAGACACGCUAUGUGGAUGAACAUCAUUUCCACCUCUAUCUGAAGACUCAAGCUGGAACGUACAUUAAAGAGUUUGUACAUGGAGACUUUGGGAGAACCAAGCCGAACAUUGGCUCUCUAAUGAAUGUGACUGCAGACAUUCUUGAGCUGGAUGUUGAGGUAAACCAUUUUAUUGUGGAAGUGCCCAUUUGUACAUUGAAUUCAGCCAAGGUUGUGCUUUGGUGGGGGGGACAUUAAGCCAAAUAGGUAUCUAUCUCUACUCAAUAGGUAUUUGAAAAUGGUCAAAAUCUCACAGUAGCAUUGUAUUGCAGGGAGGGACUAUCUUUGGAAUUUUUAUCUUCUUAAAAAAUACAAGAUCCCAUUUAUGAUUCUUGCAGAUAUAUAGCUAAUUUACAUGGGGAAUGAGAUCUUAAACUCUUAAAUGGAGCAAGGAAAUGAAACUUAAGAGCCCUUCAUAUGUCCUUUGGACUCUACAGAGUUCAUUCCCAUACCUAUUUUGUUUUAUAAAAAAUUUAAGGCAGACUACUCAGAAACAUACAUCCAGGACAGGGAUAGAGAAUGGGAUGAACUAAUGUUUAUUAAUAAAAGCAGUUCUAUAAAGGACCCCUAUGAUGUGGUACAAAUUCUCUGCUCUUAGAGUCUGAAUUGAAACAAGGUUAAAUUCUUAAGUAUUUAAAAGAGUGGAUUGAAUAGGUCCUUCCGGCCAUUCUCAGUUGAGUAUCAAUAGGUACUGAGUCACAACUUGUGCUCCUUGACGAAUACCUGAUGAAGAAUGGGGUUCCUCUCCCACGCCCCCCCCCCGCAAAAAAAAAGUAUUAGGAGGCUAGCAUUUUGCACUUGGGAUUAAUAUCAGUUAUCAAAAGAAGUGGGUAUAGUUGCCUCGUGUGCAAACAGCUAUGGUAAUCACAUGAUAACUGGAGCAUUCACCUUACCAGCAGUUCUCUUGAAUGCUUUCAGUUUAGAUUUUAUACAGCUCCUGCAGUACAGCCAUUGAUAGCACCUUCGAGGUUGCAGGGAGCCUUCUCAGAGGGACUGUUAUUUUGAGGAAGACAACCUUCUGUUAAAGAUGAACUGCAUUCAUCUUCUUUUAUCUUAAUUCUUAGAACAAUUUAGGAAUGACAGAGUCACGGGCCAGUGUUCCUCAUCCCUGUUUGUCCACUGGAAUCAUCUGUAGAGCUUUUUAACACCCCCCCCCACUUUCAACACAUGCAAGAGUGUGACCUGAAAUGUUUUGUUUUCAGGCAUGAGAAACAACCCAUUAGCUUAUAUAUGGGUGUUCAGUAUGUGGCUGUGUUCUGAAACAAAACCAAAAUGUCUUCUUGGAAUUUCUGAAAGACAUACAUACACACAAUAGUUAUUUGGGCUUUUCUAAUAAAAUUUUCCUGAUUCUGGCAGUGACUCAUAGAUUAAUUUAAAAAAUCACUUCUGGUAAAGCAUUUUGGGUUUUAAAAUUUAAGUCUCAAAAAAACCCAUAACAAGACAUGGUGGGUGCAGUGGACUUUUUAAAACUUCUCAAAUUAGGCCCUCUAGGGUAGUUAAACUACUUCUAAAGCCUAGGAUGUGACUGUUUUAUGGGGAGAAAAAAAUAAUCUGCCACUGUAAUUUCAUUAUGACUUAAAUCAAGGUUUUGUUCUAGAAGAGCCAAACAAAGUGAGUAGAGAUAGAUAAAUUUGAUUUUAAAAGAAACAAAAAUUCUGAAAUGAUACACAAUGAUCACUUAUCCUUUUCUAGUUCCAGGCGAUCUUUCAUAUUUAUUUCUCAUUUGGUUGCUAAGUUACAAAUAACACGUAAGUGUAUAGACUACUUUAGUGCUUGUUAAACGCAAGAUGGGAAAAUGAAAAUGAUCUGAAGAAUAAAAGUUGCUGAGACUUCUGAGGGACAGUUGGUGUUGCUCCCUGAAUUUGUUUGUUAAUUUACCCAUAAAUAACAUUUACAAAAUUUAGAUGUACUCAAGUCUCUUACUGGCCAAAAGGUACAAUUAAUAUAACCAGCUGAGUAACCAAGUACUCUGUGAAUUCAGAAACAGACAUUGGGCCCAAGAAUCUCAAGGCCUAGUAUGGAUUUUAGAGUGCUGAAUUGUGGUAUUCAAUGACUUUUCUCAAAUGUAGCUUCUGCUGCUGCCUUAUAUUAAAACAAUAUAUUAAGUUUAUGCAGCAUUACCAGCAAAUGCUUACUGGAACAGUAAUAUGUUUUCAUGUCUUGUUUUCUUCCUUCUAGUCUGUAGAUGUUGACUGGCCCCCUGCUCUGGAUGACUAGCUUUCAAAUUUGGAAAGAGUAGGGUUUUUGCGGCAUGCUGCGGACCUCCAUCCAGCUACACUGUAUAAUGGCUGUUUACUCACCAUUACAGUGUCUUGGAAACCAUUUGGAUCAUGUUGAUCUAUGUAUUUUUAAAUUUGUUGUAACAUCUCAGGAUCUAUAUAUGUGUAUAUUUUGUGUUAAAUGUUCUAAGGAUGUCUUAUGAUUUUUCUUGUUCCCUCUACAACACCUACACGCCAGACUAUGAAUAACGAAAACAUUGUCUUAAUUCUGUCAUUUAGAGAAGUACACAAACAGGAUACAUUCUCUGAUAAUCUGAGAAGCUAUCAUUUCUUUUAGCAAAAUUUCCCUCCAUAAGACAUACUACCUUCAAAAUCAUGUUCUAAAUUUUUUAAACGAUCUUGAUAAAAGUUUAUCUAGAUUUAUACAGCACAGUAUCCUAUAAUAUUCUAAGAUAGCAAAUGCAAAUCUAACAUCAUUAAUAUUUUUCGCAGUAAGCUUUAAGCAAGCUGUUACCAACAGAAGUACUUUUUUUUUUAAAUGAUUUUUUAUUAUAUUAUGUUAGUCACCAUACAGUACAUCCCCGGAUUCCGAUGUAAAGUUUCGAUGCUUCAUUAGUNUAUAACACCCAGUGCACCAUGCAAUACGUGCCCUCCUUACUACCCAUCACCGGACUAUCCCAUUCCCCCACCCCCCUCCCCUCUGAGGCCCUCAGUUUGUUUCUCAUAGUCCAUAGUCUCUCAUAACAGAAGUACUUUUUGAUAUAAUCUGUCACAAAUCGUAAUGACUUCAAGUGACUAUUUUGACAACUUAAAAAUAUCAAUACAUUUCCUGGGGAGGAAAAGAGAAACCUUAGGAAUUGAGGCAUACCCUGUUAAGAGACUUCCAUAAAUCUUUUAAAUAAGGAGACACAAGUGCCUUCAGUAACUUCAAACCCAGGGAUAAGAUUUUGAAAAUUUAAGAUUGCUAAACAAUCUGCUAUUAUUCCAGAGUGCUUCAAUGUAUUAUCUAAUUUCAAACAUCAUCAUCAAGUGGAUAGGAUAUUAUCAUUUCCAUUUUAUAAAUAUGAAAACCAAAGAAUGAAAGGUAAAUGAUUUAUCUAAAAUUGUUAGUUACUUCCAUAUCAGGGGCUAAAACUGAAGUUUCCUGGUCUUAGGGUCCUUUCUUAAUAAAUCUUGUUAUUGAGCACCCACUGUGUGAAGGAGGCACCUGAGAAUGUCAUUUAAAUGCACUAACCAAAAAAAAAUAGUAAUAAUAAUAAUUAAACAAAUAAACAAAUGCACUAACCAUCAGAAAUGACUUUUGGAAGUUAGAUACCACAUCAAGGAGCUUGCCAAAAAGCAACCCAAGUAUAUUUCAUAUGAUUCUAUAUGACUACCAUUUUUUUAAUAAGUUAAUCAUCAGUUGGUACUAUGAAGAGGAAAAAAUGAAAUAAGCUAAACCUAAAGAAAAUGGAUGGGUCAUUAAGAGAAACAUUUUGGCAAUCUCAUUAAAAUUUCAGAUUUAAGUGUAAUUUCUAUCACCCUGAUUCAACUAUCUGAGCUUAUUUUAGAACACGUGACUUGGAUAGUAUUGGCUGAUUGUUUCCCAUCCCUUCAUUAAGCAUACUUCGUAGAUACCAAGAUGUAUUAUUCAUUUUAGAAAUCAGGAAAAUUAUAUAAUUGACAUGAAGAAGUUCCAUAUGUGAAUACUAGCAAAUAAUUGUUUCACUAUUUUCAAUGCCAGAAAAUGAGAAAGGGAUAAUAGAAAUAAACUUCUGAUAAAUAAAGGUAAGAACUUUUGUGUGAAUGUUUCUCCGUUUCUGGGGAAGUUUUGCUACAGAAAAGAUUUAUGUAAUUUGGAAGAUAGUCUUUUGCAUGUGUCUUUUUGGCUCAGCUUUGAAUUUAAUCUGCAAAAUGGAAAAAAUAAGACCCUCCUUAAAAGAAGAUUUCUACUUCUUAAAUUUCUAUUCCUGACAUUAUGCAAAAUUUCAAGCAAAAAGUAAACAUUAGCUGCAUAUACUUAUUCCAUAUGUUCAUAUAUUAUGAGACAUAGGUUGUUAAAAAUCAAUGUAGGUCUUUGUUUUAUGCAAAAACUGGGAACAUUAAGUAAUGAAAGUACUAUAGUUUCACUUUUGCCUAUGUAAAAUUAUUUUAAAAUUAGUUUUGUGAUCUCUUCUCAUAGCUUUUUUUCUUUUCAAAAAUUUUUUGUUAAAGAUUUUAUUUAUUUAUUUGACAGAGAUA